AUGGCAUCACAAAGGAAAAUUUCAGAUUUACAAGCUUUUGAAAUUGAAACAGCAGAUGAUGCAGGAAUAGGACCAAAAGCUGCACAUGAGUUGGCUAGUCAUCAAGUCGGUGGUCCAUUGAAUCUUAGCUACACCCUUCGUGAUCACAAGAAUUAUUUGCGGGCCAAGCGCCAAAGAGAGAUGCCAUACGGCCAAGCAGGUAGAAUGCUUAAGUAUUUUCAUGACAAAAUUGCCGAGAACCCAUCAUUCCAAUAUGCACUGCAAAUGGAUUGUGAGGAACAGAUAACAAAUAUAUUCUGGGCUGAUGCAAAAAUGAUAAUGGACUAUGCACAUUUUGGUGAUGUCGUUAGUUUUGACACUACUUUUGGAACAAACAAGGAGAGUAGGCCUUUUGGUGUAUUUGUUGGAUUCAAUCACUUUAGAGAAACUGUUGUUUUUGGGGCUGCUCUCAUGUAUGAUGAAACAUUUGAAUCUUUCAAGUGGUUAUUUGAGACCUUUCUAAAAUCUCAUAAUGGACAGCAACCUAAAACAUUCUAUACAGAUCAAGACGCUGCAAUGGGGAAGGCAGUUUCUCAUGUGUUUACAGAAGCAUAUCAUGGAUUAUGCACCUUUCACAUCAUGCAAAACGCAGUGAAACAUCUACAUGAAGAGAACAGUGAAGAGGAGAACAAAGAGAAUAGAAAGGAGAAGAGUCAAGAGAAGAAAGGGAAGAAAACGAGGAAGAAAAAGGAGAAAAAGGAGGAGAAUGAGGAACCAAGUGUUCUAUCAGAUUUUAGUGCAUGCAUGUUUGAGUAUGAAAACAUUGCAGAAUUUGAACAAAAAAUUAACCUCAUGAGGCAAAAGGCUAGCAAGCUGUACACACCUAUUAUAUUUGAAGCUUUUCAAGGUGAAUAUGAAAGAUCCUUGGCAGCUUGCACCAAAGCACUGGAUGUACUGAGGGAGGCCACGAGCGGCAACAACCGCCCGCCGGCGGCCAUCUUCACGGCAUUACAAGCAAGCAACGAGUGCCUGGAACACUACCUUCCUCUGCAGACGGUGAUGGAGAGAACUUGCCAGGGAUCUGAUUGCCUGCUCCAGCACUGGGGGAGGCCGCUAGCAGGGAGCAGCAACAGCGAGCGGACGGCCGACGAGCAGGGCACGGCGGUGGCAGCCGCGGCGGUGACGAGCAAGGGGCCUAGAGCACUCCGUAUCUUUUGUUUUGCGUUUUCUAAUGUGGGCCGUGUUGAGUAUAUGGGCUGA